CAAUCAGCAAAAUCAGUGGAAGCGUUCCGUGAAAAUAUUAACCAAAUAGAACAUGAUCUGAAGCUGCAAGAUAAGUCCAAGACUGAAGUACACAAAGCUGAUAAUGCAAAGGAGGAAAAGAAGAUUGUACACCGUUUGCUGUACCCAGAGUCAGCUUUGUUCAAACGCUGGGGUGCAGAUUUAAGGGAAGACGAGCAAACUGUUGCACAGAAUCUGUUCUUAAGUUAUGGGUAUAAUGUUUAUCUCAGUGAUCGUCUACCUCUGGAUCGACCUAUCAGAGACACCAGAUCUCCCAGCUGUAAAAUGAAAACAUAUCCGAAAGACCUUCCAACAAUCAGUGUUGUACUUAUAUUUAUGAAUGAAGCACUGUCAAUCAUCUUACGUGCAAUUACUAGUAUAAUUAACCGAACACCUUCUCGUUUAUUGAAAGAAAUCAUCCUGGUAGAUGAUUACAGUUCAGAUGAUGAUCUGAAAGGACCUUUGGAAACACACGUCAAAAAUUACAAUGCAAAGCAUCCUGGACUGCUGAAGAUCAUCAGACAUCAGAAAAGACAAGGACUAACACAAGCCCGGAUUUCUGGCUGGGAGGCAUCAACUGCAGAUGUUGUUGCAAUUUUGGAUGCCCAUAUUGAAGUGAACGUGGCAUGGUCUGAACCUAUUUUGUCUCGACUAAAAGAAGAUCGCACUGUUAUAAUAUCACCGGUAUUUGACAAUAUUCGUUUUGAUGACUUCGAGCUUCUUCAGUAUUCAGUGGCUGCAGAUGGAUUUGACUGGGCACUCUGGUGCCUUUAUGAAUCUUUACCAGCUGAACGGUACGCUCUGAAAGAUGAAACAGCUCCAGUCCAGAGCCCAUCUAUAACGGGGAUUCUUGCCGCAGAUAGGAAAUUUCUGGGUGAUGGUGUACUGGAUGGUGGAAUGCACAUAUAUGGAGGAGAAAAUGUGGAACUUGGCCUGAGGGCCUGGCAGUGUGGAGGUAAAGUAGAAGUGCUGCCCUGUUCAAGAAUUGCUCAUUUGGAAAGAGCUCACAAGCCUUACUUGCCAGACUUGAGCACUGCGGUAAAACGCAACGCCUUGCGGGUAGCUGAAGUGUGGAUGGAUGACUACAAGUACAUGGUCUACUUUGCAUGGAAUCUUCCAAUUGAGAACCCUGGAAUAGAAUUUGGAGAUGUUUCUUCCAGAAAAGAGCUAAGGAAACAACUGAAGUGUAAAGGCUUUGACUGGUAUAUAAAAAACAUUUACCCUAAUUUAAUAUUUCUUCCCAACAUUGUUGGCUAUGGAACAAUGAAAAACACAUUGAAAGAAGACAUCUGUAUUGAUCAGGGCCCUGUCCCUGGAAACACACCAAUUAUGUAUCCCUGUCACGCAUACUCACCACAGCAUGUCUUUUAUCACAGUACUGGAGAAAUGUAUGUAGGAGGUUUACGUGCCCGACGGAAUGCAGUUGAUAGAUGCCUAACAGACCCUGGGAAUGGGGACCUGCCAGUUUUAGAGCAGUGUGACACAGCUGUGAAUAAAGGCCUGAACUUGCACUGGGAUUUUAAGCAGGGAUCAGCUGUAAUCAACAGGAGCACUAAAAGAUGCCUCGAAAUCACAGCAGACAAUCCAGUUUCAUACAGACUUGUAAUGCAGACCUGCACAGGACAAAGGUGGAAUAUCCAACACACAGUUAAGGACUGGGGAAAGUCAAAAGACCUGGAAAAGAAGACACAGCAUUGACUAGAGGAUGUUUUUCCUUGAAAAUUGAUAUGUUCAUAAUGCAGCACUAAAAGCAAUGAUUUCAAGAGUUUGUUCACAUGGGAUUUUACAAUGUAGUAAUUGCUGGAGUAUGAGCUACUCUUGCAAAGGUGCAAGUUCAUCUCAUCACAUUCUUGGGCCACCACCAUCCCUGAGUUUCCUCAACAGGAGAGGGACCGUCUUUGCUCUCUUUUAUUACUUCUGGAGAGAAGCAGUUAGGUCUGAGAGUGUUUCAACCUGCCUGAGUUCCUUAUGUAGUCCUUUGGAAGUGCCUAUCUUUGCUAAUUAAUGAAAGACUGAUGUAAGGUCUCUAACUUUCUAACUUCCGCAUUUUGGUUAGAUAUGAAAGUUCAGAAGAAAUGAAACUGAGCCUGACUUCCUCUUGUACACAGAGUUUAUCUCAGGCUGAAUUGGACCAUUUUUUCUUGUCUUGUGUCAAAUAGAUAAUGCAAAACUUCUUGUCAAGAUGUUCUCAUGCUAGUGGGUGAAAUGAAAUACAUCCAUUCUGUCCCUAUGAAUUGCCUAUACAUAAUUCAGUUUCACAGUGAAGUUUAUUAGGUUCAGCAGUGUGCCACUCUAAGGCUGUUUUAUGUUUACCUAAACGAAGUUGGUUUGUGCUAGCCAGCUGACAGCAUGGAUAAAGUCCUCUUGGAAACAUGGGGAUUCAACUCAGUGGGUUCCACAAACUAAUACAAGGCCAAUAUAAUAGUAUAUGUCUGUUGAAGAAACUGAGUAAAGUAUGGCACGAAUUGCUAAUGGGAGGCAACUUCCAGGCAGAUAAUACGGGUUCUUGUAGAAAUAGGAUUAGGUGGAACUGGUUGUCCUGCUUCUUAAAGUAACCACUCUAGGACCUAUGUUUAUUUUUUAAAGGGAACCUCUGUAAAAUACACUCAUUGAAACUACAUAGAGUUUCAGCCCAAAGUAAUUGUCUUACAAAAUGUACAAAACAUUUUAACUGAAUAGAAAGUGUAUUCAGAGUCUGUUUGAAUAUAAUCCAAUAUGUUCUGGUUUCUUCCUUUCUAAUUUCUCUGUAAACUUGAUGCGAACAAUCUGGCCCUGAUAUUCAGAAUUGGAAUUGGAGAAGCUCUUCUUAUAGGGCAGUCUUUGGUUCUUAGGGUCUGUAUUUUUCUGUUCUGAAAAAUGAUUCUUAAAAAUGUCACAUUUCAGCCAGAUUGAAUUUAAACUACUAAAAUCACCUUUUAUUCCCAUGUCCCAGGUCAAAGCCAAAAACACCAAAGAAAGAGGAAUAUGUGCCCGGUGGUUUUCUGAUUCUUCAACAGUAUGUCUUACCAAAGUUAAAGGAUUAGUGUAUUGACAAGCACAAUGAAGACAGGAGAGGUUGAGGGAACUGGGGUUGUUUAGCCUGGAGAAUAGGAGGCUGAGGGGAGACCUUAUGGCUCUCUACAGCUACUUGAAAGGCAGUUGUAGUGAGGUGAGUGUUGGUCUCUUCUCCCAAGUUACCAGCAAGGAAGAAGGAAACAGCUUCCAGCUGCAGCAGGGGAGGUUUAGUUUGGAUAUUAGGAAAAAUUUCUUCACAGAAAGAGUGGUCAGGCAUUGGAACAGGCUGCCCAGAGAGGUGGUGGAGUUACCAUCCCUGGAGGUAUUUAAAAGACAUGUAGACACGGCACUUCAGGGCAUGGUUUAGGAAGCAUGGUAGUAGCCUGAUGAAGUUUGCUGAUGACACCAAGUUGAAUGGGGAAGCAGACACUCCAGAAGGGAGAGCUGCUCUGCAGGGAGAUCUGGAUAGGCUGGAGGAGUG